AUGGGCCUGGUCGAAUACGGAAGCGACAGUGAGGACGAGGAACAACGACAGUCGCCAGAGCGAAAAGAGCCCUCUGAUACUCCGUUAAUGAAAGUAGGAAAGGCACCCCCGUCUCCCGAAAUCUCACUGAAAGUUUGUGCUGAAGACAUAGAAGGUACAGCAGCAAUACCAGACAGCGAAGCAACAACGCGUACCCAAGAGACAGAAGAAAUAGGUCCAAUAAUGGGACCUUCACGACCACCACGAACACCUUCCCCAGCACCACAAACUCCUAACCAAGAACAACUCUCGCCGUACUCUCUUAAUCGCGCGACAAUCCGCUCAUUAACUUUCCCAACAUCAAUUCCAGAUAUACCCCCUUCCCCACCUGGCGACGAACCUAAAGAAGCUGCCGCAAAGUUCGAUCAUUUCCGCCAGCUCAAGCGCCAGGGGAUCCACUUUAACGAAAAGCUUUUAAGGUCAUCGGCAUUACGGAAUCCAAAUCUGCUCGAAAAGCUCACAGCAUUUGUGGGCAUUAACGGGAACGAGCAGUACACAAGUAAUCUACCGACCGAAAUUUGGGACCCAACAGGAUUUCCCGAGGAAGCCUUUGCGCCUAAACUUGCAAAGAGCCAGCAAGAGGUGCUGGAGAAACGGCAAACGCAGGAGAGGUCAGGGAUCGACUUUAUCGGUGCAUCUGGAUCGACGACAGCUCCAGCUACUGCAUUACAAGUAGGGCAGGAAAGGAAGGGUGGUGGUAGUGCUGCAGAGAGGGUAAUGGCUGGGCUAGAUAGAGAAAGGAAAUCCAACACACCUUCGGCGGAUUCCUUAAAAAGAAAGGACGAUAGAAAGUGGGACGACAGAGACAAAGAUAGGACGGUCAAGGACGCGAUCACGAUCAAGGUCAAGGGAGAGGGAGGGGUAUAG